AUAGCGGACCCUCCUCAGGUCUCUCUGUCACUCUCCUAAAACUGUGGACUGGCUGGUUCAUUGUCUUCCUUUUCUAUUCGAACCUGAACAGACACGUGUAGGCAGAUGAUGGAGGGCAGUGACCAGACCCUUGAGAGCGCCAAUGAACAAGUCAAUGGCAUUGAGGAGCAGCCAAAUGACCCCAUGGAGGACUUCAGCAGGCAACUUGAGGAUAUAAUCAACACGUAUGGAGCAGCGUCCAACCUGAUGCAGGAGCAGAUCUCCAUCCUGGAGUCUGAGGAGAAGAAGGCUGAUGACAACGCAGAGCCCAAAGAAGCUUCUGAGAAGGAGCAGAGAGCUGAUAAGAAACUCCUCAAGGGCCUGGGUAAAGACGCUGCAUCCUUAUUGCAAAGUCUGAACAAGCUCGGCUCACCAGAAGAGAAAGUGGAAAUGGUGUUGAGGAAAUACACCGAGCUGGUGGAGGAACACAGGACUGAGAAGAAACAGCUGGAGCAGCUUCAGCAGAAACAGGGUCUUCUGGUCAAGCAGAGAGAUCAGCUUCAGUUCGAGCACAGUCGUGCCAUCCUGGCCCGCAGCAAGCUGGAGAUGCUCUGCAGGGAGCUUCAGAGACAUAACAAGACACUGAAGGAGGAGAGUAUGCAAAGGAUGCGGGAGGAUGAAAUGAAGCGGAAGGAGAUCAGCACUCAUUUCCAGAGCACGCUGGUGGACAUUCAGUCUCAGAUCGAGCAACACAGUAACCGCAACAACAAGCUGUGCCAAGAGAACAGCGAGCUGGCCAGCAAACUCAAGACCAUCAUAGAGCAGUAUGAGCGGCGAGAAGAGACUUUAGAGAAAAUCUUCAAACACAGAGAUCUACAGCAGAAAGUGUCAGAUGCCAAGCUGGAAGAAGCCAACAUACUGCUCAGACAAGCUGAAGAGAAGCACAAGAGAGAGAAAGAAUAUUUGCUUAGAGAUGCUAUUGAAAAAACAAAGAAAUGCUACACAAUGAGGGAGCAGGAGUUACAGAUGAAGAAACAGCUUGUGUUGUACUCCCAGAAGUUUGACGAGUUCCAGAACACAUUAGCAAAAAGCAAUGAGAUAUAUGGCACUUUCAAACAGGAGAUGGAUAAGAUGACAAAGAAGAUGAAGAAGCUGGAAAAGGAGUCAAGCACAUGGAAGACCCGGUUUGAAAGCUGCAAUAAAGCUCUAGUUGAAAUGAUUGAGGAGAGAUCAGAAAAGGGCAAGGAGUUUGAGCUCUUCACUUUAAAAAUCGACCGUCUGGAAACUCUGUGCAGAGUGCUGCAGAAUGAAAGGAAAGGUUUGUACGACAAGAUUAAAGAAAUACGACAUUCAGAAAAGGAGACCUUAGCACCUGAAAUGGACAUGCCCCAAGUAGAAGAUCUUCCAGAGCUCGCUCAACUUCCUAUCCCGGCUCUCAACCCCGUGUUCACCGCAGAGAUGGAGAGGCUGCGAGUGGAACAGGCCCGUCUGCAGGAUUUUGCAGCCUCCUUGAUAAGACCCAUAGCAGAUGAUGCUGUAGAAUCGGAUAGUGAGGAAGAGGAGACAGCACAAGAGGAUCCAGCGAUCGCUGAGACACCCCAACUUGAGUCCAUUGAACCAAUGGAAAAACAGGAGUCGACACAAGAGGAGCCCUCUACUGCUGAGACACCCCAACUUGAGUCCAUUGAACCAACGGAAAAACAGGAGUCGACACAAGAGGAACCCUCUACUGCUGAGACACCCCAACUUGAGUCCAUUGUACCAACGGAAAAACAGGAGUCGACACAAGAGGAGCCCUCUACUGCUGAGAUACCCCAACUUGAGUCCAUUGUACCAAUGGAAAAACAGGAGUCGACACAAGAGGAACCCUCUACUGCAGAAGAAAACAAACCAAAGUUUGUUACUGUAAACAAAGAGAAGCCAUUAGAACCAACAAAUCCUGAUCCAGCCAUCCCUGAGAUGGAAUCCAUAGUUCCUCAAGAGCCUCUACAACCAGAGAUCACAGAAAAACAGACAGAAAAACAAGAGUCUGCAAAAGAAGAACCAAGCAAGGAAGAGGUGACGAAAGAAGAAGAGGAAUCCACUCAGCCAAAGCCCGUCAUGAAAGAAGAGGAAAAAGAUGAAGCUGUUAAACCUGAGCUACCUGAACCAGAACUGCCCAAACAAGAGCCCCUCAAAGAGGAGCACGCUCAGAAAGCCGCGGCUGCAUCUGAGGGAGCCAAAGCACCAGCGUCCAAACCUAAGGCCCCAAAAUCCCAAGAGGCCAAAGCGAAGGCCAGCAAAUCCCAGCCUAAAAAACAAGGUUCUGCCAAGAAGAAAGGUCCUGCUAAGGGGCCGAAUAAAAGCUAAGCCGAAAUGCUAAUGCUUUUAAAAAUUUCUAGAUCAGUUUGUUUGACGAGUGUCGUGCCGUUAAUGAGUUAAAAUCUAUAUAGAAGAUGACAGACACGUUCCUUUAAGAAAGUUUCAUUCAAGGAUGAAUUCCUAGCUUACUGAGUGUAAUAUGGACUUUUUUCAACUUGUAAUACUUUCUCAAGUACCCUCAAAUAAACAUCUGCUUUUCCUAAUCCUA